CAGAAAGCGACGCCAUUAGGAUGGGGGUUGAGAGGGGAGAGCAGAGCGAACCAGCCAGCUGAGGGUGGGGGAAAUCAGUUUGGUCUACAAAGAGCUGGGCGAGUGAAAAUUGGUUCCUAUUCUAAUUCGCCAGGAGGAUUCGUGUCCUCGACUUAUUGAUUUCGAUUUGACACGUCUCAUGUGAUUAGAGGGACAUACAUUCGACUGGGCUACUUAUAUUCCUAAUCAUAUUUAUUUCACCAUGGCGGCUGGCGGCGGAGCGGGUAACAAAACCUACUCUUUCAAGGUGGUUUUGUUGGGAGAGGGUUGUGUCGGCAAGACCUCGCUCGUGUUGCGGUAUUGUGAAAAUAAAUUCAACGACAAACACAUCACCACACUUCAGGCGUCCUUCCUCACCAAGAAGCUCAACAUCACAGGGAAGAGAAACCUGGCCAUAUGGGAUACAGCAGGUCAGGAGCGGUUCCACGCGUUAGGUCCCAUCUACUACAGAGACUCCAACGGAGCCAUAUUGGUCUAUGACAUCACAGAUGAGGACUCUUUCCAGAAGGUGAAAAACUGGGUCAAAGAAUUGAGGAAAAUGUUGGGGAAUGAGAUUUGUUUAUGUAUAGUAGGUAAUAAAGUAGAUCUGGAGAAGGAGAGACAUGUAUCAGUUGAAGAGGCAGAAGGGUAUGCAGAGUCGGUGGGGGCGAAACACUAUCACACAUCAGCCAAACUAAACAAGGGGAUAGAAGAACUGUUCCUUGACUUGUGUAAAAGAAUGAUGGAGACGGCCCAAGCAGAGGAGAGGGCGAAGGGUAACGGAGCCAGCCAGUCAACGACAUCACGAAGGGGGGUACAGAUCGUGGACGAUGACCCUCAAGCCGCCACGGCCGCGGGGGGCUGCUGCUCAUCCGCUUAACCCCUCCACGUCCCAACUUACCCCCUCCACGUCCCAACUUACCCCAUCCUCCCCCUUUCCCCCCCUUAAGCAACCAGGACUGUUGCCUCCCCUCAUCUCCCUCCUUAUGACAUGAAGACUGCUGUUCUCCCUCUGAGUCGUCAUCCACUUUACUCACUACACUUCUCCCUCUACGAACAAUGUGCUUAUAUACCAUUCUGUAUACUGUAAUGUUCAUUCAUUGGCCCCCCCCUCCUGACCCAUCCAUAUGAGACCUCUGACCCCCUCCCGACCCAUCCCUAUGAGACAUCUGACCCCCCCCUCCUGACCCAUCCAUAUGAGACCUCUGACCCUCCCCCUCCUGACCCAUCCCUAUGAGACCUCUGACCCCCCCCUGACCCAUCCAUAUGAGACCUCUGACCCCCUCCCGACCCAUCCAUAUGAGACCUCUGACCCCCUCCCGACCCAUCCCUAUGAGACCUCUGACCCCCCCCUCCUGACCCAUCCAUAUGAGACCUCUGACCCCCCCCCCUGACCCAUCCCUAUGACCUCUGACCCCCCCCCUC